AUGUCGACUGUUGGAAAGACCAUUACUUGCAAGGCGGCAGUCGCUUGGGAGUCCGGUGUACCCCUGUCAAUCGAAGACAUUGAGGUCUUACCUCCAAGGGCCCAUGAAGUGCGCAUCCAGAUCUACUACACAGGAGUUUGCCAUACAGAUGCAUACACCUUGUCAGGCAAGGAUCCCGAGGGUGCUUUCCCCAUUGUUCUUGGACACGAGGGUGCCGGAAUUGUGGAAUCAGUCGGCGAAGGUGUUGAAAAUGUGAAGGUUGGAGACCAUGUUGUCGCUCUUUACACUCCAGAGUGCAAGGAGUGCAAGUUCUGCAAGUCUGGAAAAACAAAUCUCUGCGGUAAGAUUCGCGCUACCCAAGGUAAGGGUGUUAUGCCCGACGGAACCUCCCGAUUUAGAUGCAAGGGUAAAGAUCUUUUGCACUUCAUGGGAACCUCAACCUUCUCACAGUACACCGUUGUGGCCGACAUCUCCGUUGUGGCCAUCACCCCAGAGGCCAAGAUGGACAGGACUUGCUUGCUUGGCUGUGGUAUUACGACAGGAUAUGGUGCUGCCGUUGUUACCGCAGGUGUUGAGAAGGGGUCCAGCGUAGCUGUCUUUGGUGCCGGUUGUGUUGGUCUUUCUGUCAUCCAAGGGGCCAUCAAAUGCGGUGCUAGCAGGAUUAUCGUCGUCGAUGUAAAUGAGAAGAAGAAGGAAUGGGCUAUGAAGUUCGGCGCGACAGACUUUGUGAACCCGGCGGACUAUGGCGAUAGGCCGAUUCAGGAGGUUCUUAUCGAGAUGACUGAUGGUGGCUUGGACUAUACAUUUGAUUGCACUGGUGUAGUCUCAGUUAUGAGAGCCGCGCUGGAAGCCUGCCACAAGGGAUGGGGUCAGUCAAUUAUCAUUGGCGUCGCGGCUGCUGGUCAGGAGAUCUCUACACGCCCAUUCCAGCUGGUCACUGGGCGUGUUUGGAAAGGUUGCGCCUUUGGAGGCAUCAAGGGACGCACUCAGCUUCCUGAUCUCGUUGAUGAUUACAUGACCGGAAAGCUGAAAGUGGACGAAUUCAUUACCCACCGUGAGAACCUAAACAACAUCAACACCGCAUUUGACCAGAUGAAAGCUGGUGAUUGUAUUAGGUGUGUUGUUGACAUGCAGAACCUAGCAUAG